GAUUUGCACUUGCAUGGGGUUUAGUUUUCAGUGGUGGAUCACCUCAAUUGCAAGAUGUUAAAAAAGAAGAUACUUAUAGACCUUUGAGAUGGUUGUGGAAUAUUUCGGCACCCCGGUGGACUGUUGAAGCAUUAUACCUUAAAGAAUUGACUCCUAGAAUGUGGCAUGAAAUUAAAAAGGAGGAAUUAAGGUUUACUUAUAGCUUUGAUGAUUAUUCUACAUGUUUGAAUUAUAUUUUCCGUAUUGCACUUGG